CGGGAGUUUGCAUACGAAGCUGAAUAGUUUACCUUUUGGUCGCCGUGGCCGUCUUACCAAAUGAAGCGGGUAAACGAGAACCUCAUCACCCGAUUCCAACCUGCUGAGUUUUGUGUGUAUGUUGCUGGGCUUCUGAGCGCCGCAGCUCUUGUUUCCGCCAUUAGAGAUGGUAAACUUAACAUUCUAGGUCUCUUAUCCUGGGCAAAGGAGCCAAGUUCAUCAGAGAAUCUUCGCCUACUUCCUGGAUUGCAAAAUCUUGGAAACAAUUGCUUUUUUAAUGUGAUUUUGCAGGCUUUAGCUAGCUGUGUGUUUUUUCAACCUUUUCUUCAAAAGUUUGUGGAGGAAUUUGAACUUCAUGAGGGAAUGAGGCGUGAAGCAUUACCACUUACGGUGUCUUUGGCUGCACUAUUAGAAGAGCUAGGUGCAGUUUCUUUGGAAAGAGUUGUGUUGAGCCCAAGGAAAGUAAUGCUUGCAAUGGCUUAUUACACUCCGAACUUCAGUCUAACAAGCCAGCAGGAUGCAGCAGAAGCAUUCCUUCAUCUUCUUUCUUCAUUGAAAGAAGAAAUUUCAGAUUUUAACUAUCCAGCUCAGUGUUCAUUAACCGAUGUGAUGGGUUCUAAUGGUAGAAUUAUUACUUCCUGCACUGAGAGCCCCACUGAACUUGAAAGAUGGCAAGGUCACUUCCUUGUACCAUUUGAUGGUAUUCUUGGUAGCAUCUUAACUUGUCAAAGUUGUUCUUCUCAGAUCUCACUGAGUUUUGAAUCCUUUCACAAUUUGCCUGUUUCACCAGUGCUCAGGGGUGAUUCUACUAUUGUUUUUGGCUGUACGUUGCUGGAUUGCUUAAAACAAUUCUUUGCUGCUGAAAAGGUUGAGAAUUAUCGUUGUAGCUAUUGUUGGCAUAAUGCUGGGUUGAAGUAUCUGUCCUCAAUGGGAGCAUCUGAAAUGGAGAUUGAAGAACUUAUGAAGUGUGAUAGGCAAGAUUCUUGCGGUUGUCAGAGACUGCUUCAUUUAUAUAAAGUUCCAUGGUCAAAUAAGUUUUCGUUCACCCUAAAGCAACUCAGUAUUGCUCACUGUCCAAAGAUUCUGUGCAUCCAUCUAAAGCGUGUUUCAACAAACAUGUUUGGUGACACAUUCAAACUUCAGGGCCACAUUUCUUUCCCCCUGAUUUUGGACAUGUCUCCAUUCAUGUUGACGGGAGUGGAAAUAAAAGAUUUAGGACAACUUGGAGGGCAACAUUCAUCAAAUAAAAAAUCGAGCCACGGUCUCGAUUUCUUCAGAACACAGUUUGAUGCCAGAAUGCUGAAGUACAUAAAUGGCCUAACGGGAGAGGAUGAGUUCCCUAUUCUAACCUCAGGUGAAUCCAUUUGUUAUGACCGUGUUAAAGGUUCUGUUGAAGAAACCAGUUCGUCUCAAACUAGAGGAAGCUCAGAAACCUGGGAUACAAACUUUAACUCGUGCUCCAGUUCCUCGGAAACUAGGACUUGCCAAAUAGAACCUUCAGAAACUUGUUUAUAUCGAGUCGUUUCAGUCGUUCAGCAUUUUGGUAAGCCAGGUGGUGGCCAUUACACCGUUUACAGAAGAGUUCAAGACUACUUGCUCGGACAAGAUUGCGACACACAGUCACAGGAAGUCUCUACAGAAUGGUUUCAUGUAUCAGAUUCUGAAGUUCAUCUUGUUUCUGAAGAAGAAGUUCUUGCAGCUGAGGCUACCAUGCUUUUCUAUGAGAAAAUCUAGCUUGCUGGGUGCAACAUAUUUCGAUAACGAGUUCAGGAGAUGAAAUUUGAAAAAUCUAGCUCAAAAUUGUUGUUCACAUGCAAAGCAUGAAACCGAAAGCUCAUAUAAUAAAACAAACCAAACGAUACUUAGAUUUGAA